AUGGCCGCAUUGUACCCGUGGGUGCCGACAUCCAACCUCGGCUACACGCUUGGCCGCCGCAUCGUGAACCGUAUCGCCCCGCAGGCACGCAACAAGUUUCCGCUGCCGUGCCUAGACGGCCCGUUGCCAGAGGAGGUGCCAGACUCGCUGCUGCUGCACGGGGAGCGGACCCAGAGCGACCCGUUCAGGUACAUGGAGGAUCUCUUUGACCGGCGCACGCAGAGGUACGUGCGAAACGAGCAGCAGCACUACGCCCUCAUUGACACGAAGUUUGACUUCAAGCACACCAAGGCCCGGCUGUGGGCGGAACUUGACGCCAAAGUCGUCAUCACCAGCCGAGAGGGCGGCUUUGACAAGGGCGAGGAACGCAUUGGCGACUACGUGUACUUCACCCGCGUGGUGCCCGGGGGCGAUCCCGGCGCCGUUGGAUUUUAUCGAAAACGCUUCGGCGAGGUUGACCUCCUCGCGGAGGAGCUCAUCAACCCGACCUCGCUGCAGCAGCACUUUGGCUACGAGCAGUGCCACGUCGGCAUCUGCCGCGUCUCCGAGGACGGGAAGUACUUGGCGUACACACUUUCCGUGGGCGGGGGCGAUCGCUACAUUUGCCACGUGCGCAGCGUCGACAACGCGAGCCUCUUUCACGUGAUUCGUGGCCGAAACAUUGUGAGCAUAGAGUUUGGCUCGGGAAAUCAAUUUUAUUUCACCGAGUCGAACGACCUCAACCGGCCGUGCACGGUGAUCAUGCAGGAGAUACGCCCGGGCAUUCUUCCCCCGCCGGUGGAGCUCUACCGCGAGGAUGACGAGCAGUUCUUUGUGGAUGUUCACAAGACGAAGGACAACGCCUACGUCAUUAUCACCUCCGACUCCAAGGUGAAGAGCAGCGCACUUGUGCUCCCCGCCUCCUUCCCAAAGAUUCCACGUGCGCUGCGGGGUUUCUUCCGCGACGGUCGACCUGUGGAAAUUGCUGGGCGGGAGAACUGGAACUGGCUGGAGCACUACGACGGCCACUUUGUCAUGGUGGUGGCCGACCACGGCUCGAACCACCGCGUCGUUUACGCGCGCGAGGAGGUUGUCCUUAAGCAUGGCAUGCACGCCGAGUGGAAGGAGCUUGUUCCCUACCGCGACGAUGUGCAGAUUGUCGACAUGGACCUGUUUCAGGGACGAAUUGUUCUGUACGAGGUUCACUUUGCCUUUGAGCGCAUCAACCACAUCCGCAUCAUCAAGUGCGACAGGGGCCUCGACGACGCCGCACGACGGGCACGCGAUGAAGACUUGCUGCUGCAUUUUCCGCCCCUCGCCUCCGUGACGCCGGGGCUUAACAAAAACUUUAACCAGGACUCGAUGAGUUUUGUCUACAGCAGUAUUUGUCAGCCAAGCAGGGACUGUGUGUUUAGCUUUGACAGCAAGAUGACGGCAGCGGAGAGUCGGCUCUGCGGCCCUGAGGCCCUCUUUACCCAACGCCAGUCGGAGCAAUUCACCCCCUGGGACUACAUGUGGCCGUACAGCAUCUACCGCGACCUCUGCCUCUCGCGGGAUGGCACACAGAUUCCGAUAACUAUUUGUCACCGGCGUGACGCCUUUGUGCAGGAGGCGACCGACUUUGAGGCCCAGCCCAACACACCAAAGCACUGUCUCAUCUACGUGUACGGCUCCUACGGUGAGGUGCCGUCGAUGCACUUCCAGCUCGCACCGUACAUGUGGAUGCUGCGACGUCGCUGGACGGUUGCCUUUGCCCAUGUGCGGGGCGGUGGUGAGUUGCCCAACUGGGCGGAGCAGGGGAAAGGCAGGAAUAAGAUCAACGCGGUUCACGACUUUAUUGCGUGCUGUGAGCACAUGGUUAAGAUGGGCUACACCAGUCCCGAGCUGAUGGUGGCGGCGGGGAAUAGCGCGGGUUGUGUGCCUAUUGCGGCCGCGAUGAAUAUGCGCGGUUGCGGCCUGUUUGGCAACGCUCUGCUUCGUUCGCCGUUUUUGGACGUUAUCAACACAAUGGCCGACCCCGAUCUCCCACUCUCGCUGGCGGAGCGCGAUGACUGGGGAGACCCGCUGCACAGUGCGGAGGACUACGCCCGGCUGACGCAGUACGAUCCGUACCUCAACGUCAACGACCGUGUCACGUACCCGGGGAUGAUGAUCUCCACCUGCCUCGACGACGACCGGGUGCCGCCGUGGAACACACUGAAGUACGUCUCCAAACUGCGGCACCAGCGGCGGCGCAAGGGGGUGGACCCUGUUGCCCGUCCGCUCGUCUUGCGUGUGCGAAGCAGCGGGGGGCACUACGUCUGGGGGGACACGGAGAACAUCUGCGAGGAGCUCUCCUUCCUUUGCUCCCAGCUGGACCUGGAGGGGCCGGGGAAGGUGCUGAACGACAUGGAUGUCAUGACGCACAUGCACAACCUCACCGCCACCGGGGCGAUGGACCACGACGACCAGGAGAAGGUCUUUCUCAAGUGGGACAACUGGGAGCGUGAGCGCAUCGACUACCACGUGAAGCUCAACAACUUUGAAUGGGAGCCCAACUUCCGCAAGCUGAAGGCAGAAAAAGAGCCCUUCUUUUGGGUUCCGACGGAGCAGGAAAUGGAGCAACGCAAGGUGGACGAGAUAUUCCGCGCGAAGGAACGAGACGCACAUGAGGGGGCCAAAAGUGGGGCCAAGACAGGUAGCACAGGACAGCCGGCUGGUAGGAAUAAAUGGGCAGAGGAAUCCAAAAAUAAGCAGGCGCCAUAG